AUGGAGACCAUGUUACAACGUCUCAGCAGACAUCCCAAUCUAGCAAAACCGGUCAAACAGUCUACAUCUAUGGACACUGUUGCUGCAAGCAUCACUGAAUUCGUGUACGACCCCGAUGCAGGAACUACAUUUGAUUCAGGGUUCAAAGGUUGGAAAGAUGUAAUCCGUUUUGAAUUCGCGGAUGCUGAUGACGAAUGGAAGGUGCGAUUACUGCUCCGAAAACUGGGAACCAAAGAAAAUGAUCGAUACACCGAAAUUAUCCUGCCCAAAAGUCCACGUGAAUUCAAUUUCGAAGAAACGAUCCGACAACUUUCAAACACGUUUGGUGAAAAGGCGUCUUUGUUCAGUAUCCGGUAUCACUGCCUCAAGUUGGUGCAAAUAAUACGGAUGACUAUCUGA